GGCGGGUGUUUACUCUGCCUCUGAGCUCCCCGCAUCGUGUCAAAGCCGAGAGCCGAAGAUCGCUAAAUACAAGCCUCGAUCGCUCCACCUUCUUUCCGUUCUUCUUCACUUUUGCCCACUGUUUCUUCUACAUUCUACAUUCUGUGUGUGAAUAUACUAUAAACUGAUUCAAAAAUGACGAUAACUACGCCCAUCACUGAACUCUUUGGGAUUCAACACCCCAUCCUCCUCGCUGGCAUGAACGUUGCCUCAGGACCCCAACUCGCAGCUGCAGUCUCCAACGCCGGCGGCCUGGGUGUGAUUGGCGGCAUGGGCUACAGCCCCGAGAUGCUGCGCGAGCAAAUCAAGGAGAUCAAAGCCCACCUAAAUCCCGGCAUCACCAAGUUCGGCGUCGAUCUCCUGCUGCCCCAAGUCGGCGGCAACGCACGCAAGACAAACUACGACUACACGCACGGCCAGCUGCCUGAUCUCGUGAAAGUGAUCAUCGAGGAAGGCACGAGCUUGUUUGUGUCUGCGGUCGGCGUGCCGCCAAAGGAAGUCGUCGACGCGCUGCACAAGGCCGGCAUUCCGGUCAUGAACAUGAUCGGCGCGCCCAAGCACGCCAAGAAAGCACUCGCGGCCGGCGUCGACAUCGUCUGCGCGCAGGGCGGCGAGGGCGGCGGCCACACCGGCAGCAUCCCGACCUCGAUCCUGAUCCCGGCCGUCGUCGAGGCCGUCAAGGGCAAGAAGUCCCCCUUGACCGGGAAACAGGUCGAGGUUGUGGCCGCGGGCGGCAUGUCGAGCGGCAAGUCGCUUGCUGCCGCGCUGAUGUUUGGAGCGUCAGCGGUGUGGGUGGGCACGCGGUUCAUCUGCGCGGCCGAGGCUGGUGCGCCGAAGGGCCAUCAGGACGCUGUGCUGGGUUGCGACUACGAUGGCACGUUCAGGACGAUUAUCUACACCGGCCGUCCGCUGCGUAUACGGAAGAACCCGUACGCGGUCGAUUGGGAGACGAACCGCAAGGAGGAGAUUGUCAAGUUGACGAGCGAGGGAAAUAUCCCUGUGCCGUGGGAGGUCGAGCAGUAUGAGAAGAGCGGCAAGGAUCUGCCGGAGCAGAUCGAGGAGUAUUCGUUCCCGUAUUUGAUGGGCGAGGUUGCGGCGUUGGUUAAAGAGAUUAAGCCCGCGAAGGCGAUUGUGGAUGAGAUUGUGUCAGAGGCGGAAGUGCAGCUCAAGAGGGGCUCGUCUUUGGUCAAGGCCAAGCUCUAAGCGUUGAUGCGUGAGUUUUUGCUGCUGCUGUUGUUUUUCAUGGAAAUACAUUACAAGUUAAAAGCGAUUAUUAAGAGU